UGUGAUGAGAAUUCUUAAGUUGACUACCGAUAAUUCAAUUAAAUAAAUUGAAGUAUAAGUUCCAUAUAACUAACACGUGGUGGGACCAAUUAAGCCCUUAACACUUUAUGUUUUUUUUUUUAUACUAUUCAUUCUAAAUGCUAACAAAAUAUUUCUUUCACCAAAAAAAAAAAGAAAGAAGGAAAGACCAAAAAUGGAGUAUGGAGAAGAAGAGUUGGUGGCCUGCUGUGGAAGCACUAGAUUCGCCCAACAAUUGGCAAAGGCAUCUCCUUUCUCUUCUCUUCAGCAAGCAAUCGCCGCCGCACGAGAUAUCUGGUUCAACAAGGUCGAUGUCCAUGGUUGGCUCCAAGCUUUCUCUGCUCAUCCUCAGAUCGGACAAUCUCCUUCUCCUUCAGCUCAUUCCACUAGUGCUCAGUGGAGUAAGGGAGAGCAAUCCACUGCUUUAGCUACUGCCACUACCUCUAGUUUACAGGAACUUUAUGAAUGGAAUGCUCGUUACAGGGAGAAGUUUGGAUUUGUUUUUCUUAUAUGUGCUUCUGGAAGAAGCACUGAUGAAAUACUUACUGAAUUGAAGAAACGUUACCCGAACAGGCCUAUAGUUGAGUUUGAGAUUGCAGCUGAAGAGCAGAUGAAGAUAACAGAACUGCGACUUGCGAAGCUCUUUUCAACUAAAGAAAAUGUUUCUUCAACAGGGGGUGAUCAGUUUCAUCAAACUGCCUCAAAGAAAGCAGAAGAUCGCGUAAGCGUUAUUGGAGGGCAUCUAACUGCUACUACUGUUUCAGACGCAUCAGUUGGGAAAACAAGUGCAAGCCCAAAUCCAACUCGAACACGACCACCCAUUACAACUCAUGUCUUGGAUGUAUCUCGGGGUUCUCCAGCAGCUGGUAUAGAGGUGCAGUUGGAGACUUGGAAGGGUCCUCAGCCUCGUCCCUUAUUUGGAAAGUCAUACACGGGUGGUUGGGCAUUUCUAGGGUCUUCGACAACAAAUAAUGAUGGACGAAGUGGUCAAUUGAUGAGCGUAGUUGAUGAUGUAAACCCGGGAAUAUACAGGAUAAGCUUCAACACAGGUAAGUACUGCCCAUCAGGGUUCUUUCCAUAUGUCUCUAUUGUGUUUGAAAUCAAAGAAACGCAGAAGCGGGAACAUUUCCAUGUCCCGCUGCUGCUAUCGCCAUUCUCAUUCAGCACUUAUCGUGGGAGUUAGAACUUUUGUUGCAAAUCAUAAGGGACAUAUUGGUUCCUAAUGCAAUAAACAUGCUUGUCUUGUAAUGUUAGUCUUUAAGGAUUAUGUGAUCUGGUUUGUUAAGAAGCAUAGUAGUGCAAACUAUAUAUAUAUAGCUUCAGAAUCCAUAUUGAUUCAAAGUUAAAGCAACUAACAAA